CCACUUUCAAGUUUCCGUCUAGCUUGCAGACUGCAGUCUCCAGCUUGCUUUUCCUGAUGAUGUGAUACCGCCUCUUCAAUUGCUGAAGAAGUGAGGCCCUCCGCUUCAGCUUCAUAACAGUCUAGUGGUCUAAGAAGGAAGUUGCAGGCAAUCAGCGCCUGUGUCCUCAUUUCAAGCAAAGUCUAGCAGAAGUCAGAUGCAACACCGCUUGUAGAAUUUCGACGGCCCGCACAAAGCAAACUUCGAGAAAGUGUGCAGUGAAGCCCUCACGUGUGUGCGGCGUACAUCGUUGUGCACAGCCAACGAGACUGGUGAGAAGAAGUCAACUGAAGCUCACACUGCAAGCACGCGGAUCACAAGAUCCCGGGGAUCACCUAGCGCGCCAGCUGUCGUUCCAUGCAUCUACACAACUUGGAGCUCAGCCAUUUGCAGCGAGGACGGUACUAAUACGAGAGCCCUGACGCGGUGCCGUGAGCGGGGUGGCCGCAAUGCAGGACGCUGCAGCCGCAGCAGCGGCAGCUGCCGCAGCAAAUGCGGGGGGGCCACGGGCUGGCGAUCUGAAUCAGCAACCCUUGGGGCUGACUGUGAAAGCAGAGGAGGAGAUUUUCCUGGAUGCAGAAGGGAAGCAGAGCAGGCAAAAGGCUGGCCAGACUGUCAUGUUUAAGAUUGGGACUUCCACAAAACUGAGGAAAUUGAAGCGCGCUUGGUGUACCAAGGUCGGCGUCUGUCCCGAGAGUGUCGAAUUCUUUCAUGGGGGAAGAACUGUAGAGGACCAGCACUCGGCGGCGGAUCUGUUCAUGCUGGAAGGGGACUUGAUCUUUGUGAAGCACCUGCCGACGUUCCUGGCGCGCAACGUGGCAGUGGCCAGCCCGCGCGCGCGUGAGUUUGAGAAGCUGCUGGAGAGCGAGGCCUUCUCCGACCUGGCGCUGCUGGUGGGCAAGGAGCGCAGCCGCAUGGCGGUGCACAAGUGCAUCCUGGCCGCCAUGUCCCCCAAGUUUGCCGCCAUGUUCAACACCGGCUUCGCGGAGGGCAACGCCGCGGAGAUUGUGCUGGAGGCCGCGGAGCCGCGCAUCAUGCGGCUGCUGCUGCGCUACUUCUACACGGACGAGGUCGCGGUGCCGGAGGACCCGGACGAGGCGGCCGCGCUGCUGGUGCUCGCGGAGGAGUACCUCGUGCCUGGGCUCAAGAAGGCGUGCGAGCUGGCGCUGCUGGGCCAGGUCAAGGAGCGCAACGUGUGCACGCUGUUCCGCAUUGCGCACCUGCACGACGCGGGCUUCCUCAAGGAGAAGUGCAAGCAGUACUUCCUGGACCACUUCGACACCAAGGCCUUCCUGGGCGAGGAGCUCAAGAAGACGCCCUCGCUGCUGCUCGAGAUCACGCUCGCCGCAGUCAGUGGGAACAAGCGCCGCCGCCUCAACUGACACGGCCCCUGCGGCAGCCAGGGGCCAGCAGGGACCUGCGGAGGGGGCCCAGAAGGGCGUGUACAGAAAGUUCUGUUGUGUACAGUAUGGUGUACUUGAAAAGCAGGUAAUUCGGAUCGUCGGACAGGAUCUCAGCGACUCUGUCGCAGGCAUCUUGGCAUACAAGAUUGGUCGCAAGAUGUUCAGAGGUUCAGCACGUUCUACAUGUUCAAAAGACGGACGAUCUGUGAUCUACUCUCGACAUAUAGUAACUAUUAGCCGGGCACCACUUAGAAGAUUGUCGUAUGUUGCAGUUGACCUGCCAUGUGUUAAGUCUUGAACUAGUCAUGCUACGUAUUGUUCAAGCAUAAGGAAGUGCCUGUAUCCGCUAGAUGUCUGAUUGAAAAUACUCCGGCCGACCAAGCACCAAAGUAUGCGACUCGCACUACUGAAGCGGACUGGAGAUGUUAAAUGCUAUUAUUCAUAUGUUGGCUUAACAAGUGCGU